AUAAGCACAUGUACAGACUUUACAGCAAUGGCACAUGCAAACACAGAAUUCAACCAUGGCUAUAUAGCAACCAGUGUCAGUCUUAUGCUAUGCACACGACAUAGUUUUGUUCUCCUGAAUGGUGUAGGCAAUCUUCAAAAGAGUGAAAGGUAUUGUAAUAUGAGCUUCAUCUUUAUAGCUGCUUUGGUCCUCUUUGGCAAAUGUAGCCCUAUAGUGCUCUUCUAUGAUAUCGCCUGUCAGUGGAAGUGUCGCAUUCACAAGCAUCUUGCAAGUGCUAAGUUUCUGGCACAUCUGUGCAUUGAAUUUCCAAAAGACAACAAUCUCUGCUUUCUAAUUCCCAAAUAUCACUUUUGGGGCCAUACUGGCAAAAACCACAGCCAGUACUCAUUUAACCUGGUUUCUGAUGUCAGUCACACUGAUAGCAAGGAAAUUGAGUGUAACUGGUGA